AUGAAAUAAGAAAAUAGUUUAGAGAAGGAUGCUGAUAAGAAAUUUAAGAAAGGCAAAGAGGCGUAUAAUUUAUAACAUUAAUCAUUUUUUAGUUUAACAACUGGUGUAUUUUAGUGGAAAAAGGAUUAUAAUUUGGGUGCUAUGCAAUUUGAAGAAGCUGCUAAAUUGUAUAAGGAAUGCAAGAAUUUUAAAAAAGAAAAAGAAGCAUUGAAAUUAGCUAUUGAAUGUAAUGAGAAAUUAAAUGAUACUUGGGCAACUGGUAGAAAUUAUGAAGCCCUUCUUAAUUCUCUUAUUGAUAAUUCAAGUGAUGAUUACAAAGAACUUGUAGAAUGGACAUAAAAGGCAGUAAUGUAUUUCAAGGUUUCAGAUUCAGGAAUGAAAUCACUCUAAGUGUUUAAUAAAGUGGCAAAGUAAAAUUGAUUGCUUUUCUUCAGGUAUUUAAAUAAAAGACAACAAUAUGAGAUUGCAGAGAAAGUAAUUUUGGAAGCUUUGGUUGAAGCAGAAGAAUAAUAGGCUCCAUCUACAAGAACUGAUAUAAUUAGUUCGUAUGUUGAGAUUUUGAUAGAGACUCAAUAAUAUCAUAAAGUGGCUGAUUUAUAUAUGAAAGAAAUAACAUUAUUCAGAGAAGAACAUAUGAAAUAUCCAUUAAGUCAAUAUGCUUUAAUUAUUAUUGUUAUGUACAUUUUAUAAGAUGAGAUUAUCAGAGCCAAUCAAGAAUUAGAGCAAUUAAUUAUUUAGUAUGAUAAGAGUAUUAAUAAUAUAUUAGAGUGUACAAUUUCCAUAAAUCAUCAGAGUUUAGAGCAGUUGAUUAAAUGUUAAAUUCCUAUGAGAAAGGAGAUUAGAAUUAAUUUAAUGAUGCAAUAAUGAAAUCCUGUGUUACAUCUAUCUAUCCUCCAAAUGUAAAUAUAUUAUUUAUUAAAUUAGAUUGUAAGAGCUUUAAGGAAGGUUAAAGUCAGAGUGAUAAACAUUCAUUAAAAACAAAAUAUAAAUCAAUAAGAAAUUAAUUAAGGAAAUAAAGAAGUAGAUUAUGAAUAAGAAUUAGCAAAAAAGAUUCUUUGA